CUUUACUUUGUCAAUUUCUGCGCCUUCAUUGAAUUGCGCUGCGAGAGCUCUUAUCGAUCCGCGCGCUCUGCAGCAAUCUCAGCACGACACUACUGUACCUUAACAAAUGACAAACGUAUCAUCUGAUCGCUUUAUCAUCAAACGAGUGGACAGUAUCUGCACUUAAACUGCAUGAAGUGUGAACCAACACCGUGGGACAGAGAUUUCCCGUCGUACAACCUGCACUUCUCUGUAGUUGGCUACUAUUCGUAUUAAUUUCCAACUUCUCUUAAUCCGCCGAGGACGAAACACAGCGAUGUUUGGACUUCAGGAGGCUCAUCAGAGUUGCAUUUCCUCAUUUUAUUGCUGAAUUUCGACAGAUAGGUGUACCGCAAACGGUAACUGGAAGGAUUAAAACAGAUUUGUGGUUUUUGCGAAAGGAAAAUAAAAUGCCGGAUCAGAUCACAGUGGCAGAGUUUGUGGCGGAGACGAAUGAAGAUUAUAAAUCGCCCACCGCCUCAAACUUCACCACCAAAAUGACUCACUGCAGAAAUACCGUAGCAGCACUCGAGGAGGCACUGGAUGUCGACCGCAGUGUUCUUUACAAGAUGAAGAAGUCAGUUAAGGCCAUUUACACCUCUGGUCUGGCUCAUGUGGAGAACGAGGAGCAGUACACCCAAGCUCUGGAGAAGUUUGGAGAAAAUUGUGUCUACAGAGAUGACCCUGACCUGGGAUCAGCCUUCCUCAAGUUCUCAGUCUUCACCAAGGAGCUUACAGCCCUCUUCAAAAACCUGUUUCAGAACAUGAAUAACAUCAUUACCUUCCCGUUGGACAGUCUGCUGAAGGGAGAUCUGAAAGGGGUUAAAGGGGAUCUGAAGAAGCCCUUUGAUAAAGCCUGGAAAGACUAUGAGACUAAAGUUUCUAAAAUAGAGAAGGAGAAAAAAGAGCACGCCCGACAGCACGGAAUGAUCCGGACGGAGAUCAGCGGAGCCGAGAUAGCCGAGGAGAUGGAGAAAGAGCGGCGUUUUUUCCAGCUUCAGAUGUGUGAGUACCUUCUUAAAGUCAACGAAAUAAAGAUCAAGAAGGGGGUCGACCUGCUGCAGAAUCUCAUCAAAUACUUUCAUGCACAGUGCAAUUUCUUUCAGGAUGGUCUAAAAGCAGUGGAUAACCUAAAACCUUCAAUAGAAAAACUCGCUACAGACUUGCAUUCGAUCAAACAGGUGCAGGAUGAAGAGCGCAAACAGUUAACCCAGUUACGGGACGUUCUGAAGACAGCUCUGCAGGUGGAGCAGAAGGAGGACUCGCAGGUUAGGCAGAGCGCCACCUACAGUCUUCACCAGCCCCAGGGAAACAAAGAACACGGGACAGAACGCAGCGGGAAUCUUUACAAAAAGAGCGAUGGGCUACGGAAAGUAUGGCAGAAGAGAAAAUGCACAGUGAAAAAUGGUUAUUUGACAAUCUCACAUGGGACGGCUAACAGACCUCCUGCCAAACUCAAUCUUCUUACCUGUCAGGUGAAGCACAACCCAGAGGAGAAGAAGAGUUUUGACCUCAUCUCUCAUGACAGAACAUAUCAUUUCCAGGCAGAAGAUGAGCCCGAGUGUCAAAUAUGGAUCUCAGUGUUGCAAAACAGCAAAGAGGAGGCACUCAAUAACGCCUUUAAGGGCGACCAGCACGUCGGCGAGAACAACAUUGUCCAGGAGCUCACCAAGGCCAUCCUGGGUGAGGUCAAGCGGAUGGCCGGCAACGACGUCUGCUGUGACUGCGGAGCUCCCGGUCCGACGUGGCUGUCCACCAACCUGGGUAUCCUGACGUGCAUCGAGUGUUCUGGGAUCCACCGUGAGUUGGGCGUGCAUUACUCCAGAAUCCAGUCUUUAACGCUAGAUGUCCUCAGCACCUCUGAACUCUUGCUGGCCAAGAACGUGGGGAACGCUGGGUUUAAUGAGAUCAUGGAGGCUUGUUUGACGGCGGAAGAUGUGAUCAAACCAAAUCCGGCCAGUGACAUGCAGGCGAGGAAAGACUUCAUCCUGGCAAAAUACACAGAGAAACGGUUCGCUCGAAAGAAGUGUCCCGAUGGUCUUUCCAAACUGCACACGCUGUGUGACGCAGUGAAGGCCCGAGAUAUUUUCUCUCUGAUCCAGGUCUACGCUGAGGGGGUGGAUCUAAUGGAGCCUAUUCCUCUGGCCAAUGGACAUGAACAAGGCGAGACAGCUCUUCAUCUGGCCGUCAGACUGGUGGACAGGACCUCCCUUCACAUCGUGGACUUCCUCACCCAAAACAGUUUGAACCUGGAUAAGCAAACGGUUAAAGGAAGCUCAGCGCUGCAUUACUGCUGCUUGACGGACAACAGCGAGUGUCUUAAACUGCUGCUGAGAGGAAAGGCCUCUAUAGAUAUUGCUAAUGAGGCUGGCGAGACACCGCUUGACAUCGCCAGGCGACUCAAACAUAUACAGUGUGAGGAAAUGCUGAACCAGGCGCUAGCGGGGAAGUUCAACGCUCAUGUACACGUAGAGUACGAGUGGAGGCUUCAACACGAGGACCUGGAUGAAAGUGAUGAAGAUCUGGAUGAGAAGUCAAGCCCUCACAGACGGGAUGAAAGACCCAUCAGCUGCUACACACCAGGAAGUAAUUCUCUUCAGCCCAGCACGUCCAGUCUGGUCAAAGACAAGCAGCGGAGCUUCAUACCCAACCUGGUCAACAACGAGACUUAUGGAACCAUAAUCAACACCAACUCCCCCGUCACUUUGUCCACCUCCGCUCCGCCUCUACCACCUCGAAAUAUAGGUCAGCCGUCUGGUCUUCCUGGAAUUACUCAGGGCUCACCUGGUUGGAAACCUGGAACCUUGGAUUUGACAGGCAGGCAGAGAUCUUCCUCUGACCCACCGAACAUGCACCCACCAGCGCCCCCAUUACGAGUCACAUCCAACUCUGUCCUCGCACCGGGUGGUCCUCCCCCUUCUAAGCCCAAAGCUGGCAGUUUGAUGGAGGCAAUGAGUAUACAGCCUAAAACUAUUCCUGGUCAGAACAUCAGCUGGGCUACGAGCGCGGAAAAGAGCCCGAACAAAAGCUUGCUGGGGCGCUCGGGAUCCAUUGAGAGACCAGCUAAAGAAGUUCCCGGAUGUCCGCAAAUCACCAUUGGCCAGUCUCUGCCCCCCACCCACAUGCCCAGGAAAACCUACCUGAAGCCAAAGCGUGUGAAGGCCGUGUAUAACUGUGUAGCUGAUAACCCGGAUGAGCUGACCUUCUCCGAGGGAGAAAUCAUUGUGGUGGAUGGUGAGGAGGACCAGGAGUGGUGGCUGGGCCACAUUGAAGGAGAGCCAAUGAGAAGAGGAGCAUUUCCAGUCUCAUUCGUACAUUUCAUCAUGGAGUGACGGUCUGAUGGCAUCACCUAACCAUCAUCAUCCAUGAGUUUCCUUUACCGGCGAGCUAUUGUGGAUCCACUGGCUUUACAGUCUCGUAACACCUAAACACAACACACAAGUUUGGAGAUGGAUUGAGGUUCAUUUUUAUUUGGUUUGUGGACCAGAUACGAUUCCAUGUGAUCUCUGUGUUACUGUGAUGCAAUAAAUGCACUUUUGACUUCUUUGUAACAGUCACAAUGGUGAUGUGAAGAGCUUUGCCGUUCACACUAAACUGUGAGAUUUGUACACGCAUCUAUCUUAUGUCGGCCACAUUCCAUGUCUGGCAUGGAAUUAUGGGAACAGAAUGAUGUAUAGGUUUGGCUUCGUAUGUAUGAUUUCCAAGGACGGCAUUGUAAUGGUGCUAAACCAGAAAUAUGCUAUGAGAGCGCUGUCUUGCCUUUUGAGGGGAGCUUCGAUCCCCUCGUUUUCACUACCUGCCCCAGCGCUGCAUAUAUACGUAGGCCUUCUAAUGCUCACACCUGGAAAAUGCACUGCUCGAAUGAGGAAAAAUCGGCACAAAAGAGGAUACUGUUGGACAGAAUGACUGUAUUUGUGUUGUGUUGAAGAGUUUUGUGCACCAUGACAGUCGGUGAAUAUUUGGUGACCUACAGGGAGAUUACAGGAACUAUUAAAGAGCCUCAAGUUAUAGAUAUUUAUUAGUCUGAACUGUCUUCGAUUGAUAUUUUGGAGAGCUAAUUCUAAUUUCAUUUAGUGUGCAUGAAUAUACUGAAUGGACUUUUACCUUGAGAGGUAUGUGUGGGUUUCAUUUCUAAACCUAGUUAAUUAUAUUUAACAUAAUUGCCAAGAAUCUUAAAGGAAAACACCACCGUUUUUCAAUAUUUUACUAUGUUAUUCCCUUAACUUAGACGAAUUAAUACAUACCUAUCUUUUUUCAAUACGUACACUUCGUCUUUGUAUAGCGCGUGGUGAAUGUGUUAGCAUUUAGCCUAGCCCCAUUCAUUCCUUAGGAUCCAAACAGGGAUGAAUUUAGAAGCCACCAAACACUUCCAUGUUUUCUCUAUUUAAAGACUGUAGUUACACCAGUAUGGUGACACAAAACUUUUGUUUGGAGCCAUAGGAAUGAAUGGGGCUAGGCUAAAUGCUAACACAUUCACGAAGCGCUGUACAAAGAUUAAAAGUGAACGCAAUGAAAAAAGAUAGGUAUGUAUUAAUUAAUCUUAGUUGAGGUAAGAACAUAGUAAAAUAUUGAAAUACGGUGGUGUCUUCCUUUAAAAUCUGUGUGAUGUCAGUUUGAGCGUCUGCAAACUGAGACUCUAGAAAUGUAUUUUCAUCCUUAAAAAUGGUUUUCCCUGCUUUUAUCCAGAUGAGUCUUCCCUCAAACAGUAAUGCUUCUUCUAUCUCUUUCUCUCUUUUGUGUGUAUUGUUAAAUUAAAACCAUUCAUCAUUCUCAGUCACGUUCCUUAACUUUUACUAACCGUUUCUAAGGCAUUGAAAUGUUUAACCGGUCAAUAGAGUUAUUACUGCAGCAGUAACACAGCAGAGCGUUUUAUGUGCCGUAUGUUUGAUGUGGUUGCAGAGCAACUUAAUAAUGUGUUAUGUAACUUUUAAUGAAACUAAUGUUAGUACUGAUGAAGUUUGGACCAGAAUGACCCGUGACUCGGGCAGUGAAGGGAUGUAAUUAUCCAGCAUUGUUCAGUUGACUGUAUAUAAAUGGCAACUGGUCGCCUUCUGUAUGUGUAAAUAAAUGUAGACUUUGCCUUGUGCAUAUUUAAUUGUAAGCAGAGAUGAUAAUGACUUAUGUUUAGAUGUACUGUUACAGUACAGUUUUCACUUCUGUUCACCCCCGUUUACCAUAACUUGUCAUUGAAGGUAAUAUAUAAAUAUAUACAUAUAUGUACAAACACAUGGGAAAACUGGAAUUAAACAAGACCUGUAAAUU